GGCCAACCUGGGAACCUGGAAGCACGGAACAGCCAAGCAGAGGACGAGAUCAAGCAGGAGCAACGAACGGCCAGGAAACGCAAUUUUGCUCGCUUGCGACCCUCGUUCCGCGCCUCCAAUUACCCCGGCACCCAUCCCAGCUGCUUUGUCUGGCUCCAAACUGUACGUUGAAUUUUUUUUGGUAUUGCCAUUCUCUGCCUCCUUUCCCGUCCCCGUACCCGGACUCUGGGCCGUGCAAUGGACAGUCCGCAGCUUGGCUCCAGCGCCGGUUCGCAACGCCGCAGGCUCACUAAGAAGCCGCCGCCGCCGGUAGCUGCAGCGCACCGCUCUCCCCACCAUUCGAGCUCCAUCGCCAGUGCCGGGCCCGACGGCCGUGUUGACGCCCGAUCUCUAGGAAGCAAAAGAAGCUCGACCAGCUUGAGACGGGCUCCCAGCGCGCCCUUGGGCACUAGGACUCCCGCUCUGAAUACCGCGUUCGACUCCGAAUCCUCGCCACGCUUCUCCCCCGCCGCCGCGCCGUCGCCCGCGUUCUUGCACACAGCAGGCCGGUCGCACACCUCCCCCCUCCUUCCCGGCCGCGAGCCUGCGGCGCCAUCUGGGCCCUUCCAGUCGCAUCCCUGGUCUCUGGAAAGCCGGACUGACGCGCAGCAACCACGACACGUCCCGCCUGUGGACGCCCUGCAACCGCUCAGUACCAAGACAUCCGACGAGUUAAUUGGCGCCCCGUUUGACGGCACAGCAAUUCUCGACCGCAUCGCCGCGACGAAAUCGCCCGUGCACGGGAGCAACAGAACCAGCAAUAACACCAGCAAUAAUAGCGACGGCGACGGCCAUUACGGCAAAAGCGGCGACAACGACGACAUCUCCUCUCCAACCCCGCCCCAUCCUACAUUGUCUCACUCACCCCACGCGGAUCCCGGGGCGCCGACCAUGGGACACUCGCCCCCGCCUCUCCGCCGGUCGGCAGUCUUUCCGGCCGGCGAGCCCUCGGUUCUCAGCGAGAAGGCCAGUGGAUCCAAAGCCGACAGCGGCGCGCCGACCAAGCGCUACUCGGACGAGUCCAAGGAGAGCAAGCUCCCCAGCAUGCUCAGGAAGAAAUCGGGUUUCUCCGGCUUUAUGAACAGCCUGGUGGGGUCGCAGAGGAAGCCGCUCAUCUCGAAGCCAGAGAAUCCAGUGCACUUAACGCAUGUCGGAUAUGACAGUUCCACAGGCCAGUUCACGGGUCUGCCAAAAGAGUGGCAGCGCCUUCUCAACGAGAGCGGCAUCACAGAGAAGGACACGCGAGAACACCCGCAGAUCCUCGUCGACGUCCUGACGUUUUACAAAGAGACGCAAGAAAAGCCGCAGGAGGACCAGCAACUAGAGAAAUUCCACGAUGCGCGAGCAACCGACCUACGCGGCAUCGCCACCACCCCGUCGUCCGCGACGACCAUCCCUUCCCCCGGCCUGCUGCAGUCCGGUUAUGGCGGAAUGUCCCCCAUGAUCAGCCCCCCAGCGAGCCCGAGGUUCCCCAACGUCGCCCACGAAGGCAGCUUCGAGAACCCCCGGGCCCCGCCUCCGAUCCCCAAGGGGCCACCGGGGCCUCCGAUGAAGGACAUCAACCUAAUGCCCAGUCGACCGGCGCCGAAGCCUCCGACCAGCCUUGCGACCCGGACACAACCGGCAUAUCCCGCAAAGGACUCGGGAAUCGGCAUGGCCCCGCCUGGGGACGACGUCUCGCCGUCCUACGUUCCCCCCAAAGAUGCCGUGCCGAUGCUACCGGAAGAGCACCGAUCGAGGUCGAGGUCCAAUUCACGAGCAAACGGCACAUCGCCCUACAUGCCUUCGCAGCCCUCUCCUUCCACCACCUCGCCGGCGACCCAGGCAGCAGUCUACCAGCAGCAACUGCUGCAGCAACAGCAGGAGCAGGCCAUGGCACAGGCGCAAGCGGCCAUGAGCGGGCAGCUGGGGCGGCAAGCGAGCAAGCGGCAGCAACCAACCCCGCCAUCUUCGCAGCACCAGCACUUGCAGCAAGCGGAUCCGACUGGAGCCAAUCGGAUGCUACAGGCGCAGCAAGCUAGGCUUGCGCAACCGGGAUCGAGGCCGCGGCACAGGCCACGGCAGAGCAACGGCGUUGACGUGGUCGCCGCCCUGAAGAAGAUAUGUUCCGAGGGCGACCCGAGAGAGAUCUAUCGCGGCUUCACCAAGAUCGGCCAGGGUGCCUCGGGCGGCGUGUACACGGGCCAUGAAAGGGGGACCAACCGGCUGGUGGCCAUCAAGCAGAUGAACCUGGAACAGCAACCAAAGAAGGACCUGAUCAUCAACGAGAUCCUCGUCAUGAAGGAGAGCUCUCAUCCCAACAUUGUCAACUUCAUCGACAGCUACCUGUGCGGAGGCGAACUGUGGGUCGUGAUGGAGUACAUGGAGGGCGGCAGCUUGACCGACGUGGUGACUUUCAACAUCAUGACCGAGGGGCAGAUCGCCUCUGUAUGCAGGGAAACCCUCCUCGGCUUGCAGCAUCUGCACUCGAAGGGUGUCAUCCACCGCGACAUCAAGUCAGACAAUAUCCUGCUCAGCAUGGAUGGCAACAUCAAGCUAACCGACUUCGGGUUCUGUGCGACCAUCAACGAGGCGCAGAACAAGCGUACGACGAUGGUCGGCACGCCGUAUUGGAUGGCGCCGGAGGUGGUUACGCGGAAGGAGUACGGCCGCAAGGUGGACAUAUGGUCGCUGGGCAUCAUGGCCAUCGAGAUGAUCGAGGGCGAGCCGCCCUACCUGACCGAGUCGCCGCUGCGCGCUCUGUGGCUGAUCGCUACCACUGGGACGCCGCAGAUCAAGAACGAGCAUGAGCUGUCGCCCGUCUUCCGCGACUUCCUGUACUUUGCGCUCAAGGUCGACCCGGAGAAAAGGGCCAGCGCUCAUGAUCUUUUGAGGCACGACUUCAUGAAACAAUGCGUCGACCUAUCCACUCUCGCGCCUUUGGUCAGGGCUGCACGAGAGGCGAGGGCGCAGGAGAAGGCCCGCAAGGGGCAAUGAACACCUUUUUUCUCCCCCCUCGGAUCGAGCUUGCAAUAUCUAUUACCUGGCUCUUUUUUCGCUUGGCGAAGUUCAUUCCUGCUAUUAUCCUGCCAGGGCUCGAUCCCGUGAAUUUCGUUGAAUUCUGUUGCAGCAAGCCUGAUUGUCGUUUCUCCUUUGACGCAAACUCUCAUGGCAAGCAGGCAGGCGGCAUAGUGCAUUGUUUUGCGAACUCUUCCAAUUUAUUUGCCUUCUGCUUUCAUUUUAUUGUCAGAUGCGGUCCUGGUUUUUUUUCUCCCUGCUUCCUCCC